AUGUUGCUAACCAAUUGUCUUUUUCGAAUGGGAGGAGCAGCCAUACUGAUGUCUGGCCGAAAUCAAGACAAGAAAAAGGCAAAGUAUGAGCUACAGUACAUUGUUAGAACAAACAAGGCACGGGAGGACCACUCUCAUAUCUGUGUCUUUCAGGAAGAGGACUCUGAAAAUAUAACAGGUGUUGCAAUAUCAAAGGACGUCCUACAAGUAGCUGCUAAUGUAUUGAAGCUAAACGUUGCUAUACUAGGACCUAUGGUUUUCCCAUUUUCAGAACAGCUAUGGGCAAGCUUCUAUACUCCAAAUUUUAAGAGAGCUUUUGAGCACUUCUGCAUUCAUGCAGGAGGAAAAGCUGUCAUUCAAGCAAUUGAAAGAAACCUAGCAUUGUUGAAAGAAGAUGUUGAGCCCUCUAAGAUGACUCUUCACAGAUUUGGAAACACUUCAUCUUCUUCUAUUUGGUAUGAGCUAGAGUAUAUAGAAGCCAAAAGAAGGAUGAAAAGGGGUGACCGGGUCUGGCAGAUUGCCUUUGGAAGUGGGUUCAAGUGUAAUAGUGGAGUAUGGAAAUGCAUUUACAAUGUGCGAGCUGAUAUAGCAAAUAUUUGGGAAGAUGAAAUCCAUAAAUAUCCAGUAGAAAUACCAGAUAUUGUAAAAAUCAACUGA